CUUUUUGACACGAGUUGUCAAUAAAAUUAUUUGUCGUGCCGUUUUGUGGUAUAGCAUAGCAAUAGCAUUUCAUAACUUAAUAUUAUGUGAUCCAUUGUUUAAAAAUAGUAAAUCAUUAUUAAAAUGGUUUACUAUCAUACAUCAAGAAACGUUAAAAUCUUACGAAAUAUUUUAAAUGACUUUGGUGCCUCAAGUGAAGUUUCACCAUAUGAAUACAUGAAGAUGUAUAUCGAUAAGUGCCCAGAGUCCUCUGAGGAUUCGAAGAUUUCUUGGAUAGCUGAAAUGUUUUUAAGUAUUCAGAAACACGGUAAAUUUUUAAGAGAAAUAGCUUCACAUAUGUCGAUUGAACUUGCCGAACAUGAUCAAGAUUAUUUUAUGAUAAUCUUACAUGCAAUCACUUUCCAAAUAGAACCCAAAGAUAUGCAACUACUAUAUAAAUGCCUUUUUAAUCUCAGUAAGCCAUUACUUUACACGUUCACCAAGUUCUUAAGCAACAAUGAAGUUCUAACUUUUAUAACACAAAUAGCACAGCCAAUGUAUGAUAUGAAUUACAUUACAGAGAAAAUAAUUAACCCAUUAUUCAUUUGGCAACCAUACAUCAGUGAAAUGGCUCAUAGUUAUGCAGAGUAUGUGUGGAAACUAGAAAGUAGAAAAAUUAAACCUCCUACCAUACCUAUUCAACCUAACGUCCUAAACAAAAGAACUAAAGAGCAUGCAGCACAUUCGACUGAUGCCACUGUUCCAAUAACACCUCCCAAUUCCAUACAAGUGAAAAAGAAAAUGCUUACAAAAAGUGCUAUUGAUAAUAAGCUUAAGAAUAUACACGAAAAAAACAAGCAAAGAGCCGCUCAUUUUCUAAAUGAUAUAAAAAAUAAAAAUUUACAUUAUGCUCAACCCAAAUCCGAAAAAUAUUACAAAACAAUCAGCAACAUAAAAGACGAAGCAGAAAAUGAAUUAACAAAACCAUUGCUGAAAAGUAAAUAUCCGUCCACUGUAAAUUCGAAGCUUCCACCGGUUAAAGACACUGUAGCUAAUUUAAAAAGAACAAAUAAACGAAUACAAAUCGCCCAAGAGGAAGAAGUCGAGUGGUUAGAAACUUUACUAUCGACAUGUAGAAAUACCGCCAAAAUUUCUGAAAUGGAAGAAUUUGACCGACAAGAACGAGAAAGAGAGCGGUUGCUAGAUAUAGAAAGAAAACACCUUAUGGGACUUAUAUCGUAUGAAGAAGCUGUUAUUUCAAAAAAGAAACUUCUUGAUGAGAAAAAAAAGAAGUAUGAAAAAUUCUUGAAAGAAAAAGAGAUCUGGAAUCAAGAAAUUGAAAAAUGGCGUAAAUCAGAAAUGGAGAAAAACCGCAAACAGAUAGAAAAGUUGUCUCUCAUAGAACUUAAUCUAAUACAAGCUAAAAAUGGAAUCGCCACUAAAAAAAAGGAGAUAGCAAAAAACGUGAGAAAGGAUUCAGAAAUGAUCAUUGCCGAUGCCAUGAAAGCAAAACAAGAUGAACUAGAUCAUCGAGUUAACAUGAUAAAGGAAAUCAAAAUUCUUGCUUCCAUUGCAAAAGCAGCAAAAGUUCCGAAAAUAAUAGAUCUCACUGAAACUUCUGGCUUAGGACUUUUAUGUGAAAUGUCUUUUGCUGAAUUGCAAGAGAGAUUAAGUGCUUUGAAAAUUGGAUUGAACGAGGAAUUAGAAAAUAAGAAAAAGCUUAUAAAAGAAGACCACAUAGCUAUGAAACAGGAAAUACAAGAGACAAAAUUAUCUAUAAAUAAAUAUAUGACUGAACGUGCUGCAAUGCGAAAGAAUAUACAAAAGUCUAAAAUAACUUUAGAAAAUAUUUCAAAUAAAGAAAUAAACGAUUUGAAAAGAACUUUAGAAGAGAAAAGACGAUUGAGAGCACAAUUUACCAAAUAAAACAUAAUUUAUUUGUUUUUUGAUUUAGUCAUUGUUGUUGUUGUGAUUUUUUAUUGAUGAAAGUUUUAUUAUUGUUGUUAGUUAGUGAAAUAAAUAAUUAUUCGAUAA